AUGAAAAACCGGUUUAUGAAAUAUGAAGAAACUGUAAGACAAUUUCAAGUUGAAUCAUCAAACAAAUCUCUUCAAUUAAUGCAAUCCAUACGUACACAAAUGAUCACUCUGAAAUACAAAAGUUUUGAUACUGAAAGUUCUGCAUGGAUUAAUGCGUUAAGUCGUUUAAAUUUUAUUAGCUAUGAGCUAUUUCAUGGUUAUAGGAAGACAUUAGCGCUACGGGAAUCGGCCAAAAAAAUGCUUCCUUUGGAAGGAAUCUUACAGAAAAAGACUGAAGCAGAUGAAAUUCAUCGAUCAUAA